AGUGGUCGUGGUUUCAUGAACAUGGUUUUGGGUGUGCCUGUAAGUACAUUGAAAUAUUUUUCUUCGCUCAUCCCUAUUUAUCCAAUAUUCUACUUUAAUAACGAACGGGUUUAUUCAUAACCUUUGUCAUAUUCCAAUUCUAAUAUCAGGAGAUUAAUUAAACCCUUCCUAUAAAUAUCUUGAACGCUAAUCUACUUACCGAUUGUUGUCAGCACUUAAAACACAGCCCAGUAAAUCUGUGGUUCUGAGGUUCCUUCUAUGUAGGACUGAUCAUUAGAGAGGAGAUUCGAAGGAAAAUCAAAAACUGAUAUCAAAUCGUCUUCAUUUGGAGUUUCGCUUCUCGCACCCAGUAGUGAAUUACUGAAGUUCUCUACCAGAAAACGUAAUAUCAGCACUUUCUGUCGAUACAUUCAAAAUGAGAUUAGAUCUCCACAGUGCUACAAACUGAAGGUCGCUAGACCUCCUACCCUUCUUACUGAAGACUGAAUUGUUUUGUUGGCCUUAUCUAUAAUCAGUAGGACAUAAGCAGGCUGCUAUGUUACUAAGUUUUUAGUUGUCUCACCUCUGUUUUAGACUUCGCAUUACUACUUAUCCACCCUGUUCAACGUUUCGCUUUUCAGAACUAGGAACAAGUAGCUAGUCACGUGUAUGAAGAAAAUCUGCGUUAACAAAGGGUCAUGUUUUAUUUUGGUGGCUGUAAAUCAUAUUGUCUUGACAUGAUCAGAACACCCAAUUUUUGUUAACUAUUAGUCAUUUGUUUGGCUCGUUACCUUAAUUUAUAUUCAGGUUUGGGAAAGGACAAUACUGAGUGGUUUAUGUUAGUCCUGGAAAUAAUGUUCUCUCAGUUGAUCCAACUUUCUUACGAAAGCGUCGACAGAUGAAGCUCCAAUCACGUAGUGAGGUAACGCGUCCCAUUCGUUGAUAAUUGGUUGGGCAUACGUAACACAUGGCUGGGACACGUCACGUAUGCUCAACCACCGACUGUCCCGACGUGCAAUGUUUUCUGGCGCAGGAAUAGGUUGGAAGAAAGUUAGGGGCGGCCAGACCAAAACAUGGCACAAAUCCAUCAAGUCACUGACAAGUGGACUGAGCCAUGUUGGUGGGUGCGGACUAACUGGCUUAGAUCCGCGAGACGAUAGCAACCGGUGGUUAGAGACCUUGAAUGACAUGGCUUAAAAUGAUUUGCAAUCGCUCAGGUGCGUCCACUCUUUGUGUUCUCCCAAAUUCUAAUCUUCUGAAUUCUUCGUGUCCCUUUUUUUUCCCUUUCCAAAUUUAUUUCACUGGAUUAUAUUCCUUGAAUAACAUCUUCAAACCCUAGUGUUUCCGAUUACUCCUUAUACUCUUACUACCUCUACCACUAUGGGAUUUGAAUGGACAAUUGUAUAUGUAUGCUAAUGUGGUAUAGCAACUCGAACUGAUAUACGUACGUACGCAGUUCUGCGUUGUUACUGACUGACUGACUUCGCUGAUGAUUCGAUGGGAUUAAGUCACCUCUUGUUCUUCCAUAUAACAAGGGACAUAGGUUUAGUCUAACCAGUCGAACAUCAUACGGCAGCUUAAUGAUUCCAGGGACCAGUCUACCUGCGACUCUUUGAACCUAUCCCAAAAGGUCAAUAUCUCCUCUUAGGUAGGGGUAAGCCACUUGUAUGGAGUACUUGAGUUUAGGUUCAGUAAACAUUGUAUACAGAGUUGAAAACGUUUCAACAUCGACAUGACUAAAGGCUCUACGUAUUGACCAUAGGGUUCCAAAGCCUUUGGUGGCUAUUGCACAGCAGUAUCCAGUAGUUUUCGAGUCUUAACUAACGACAACACCUGGGUCAUUGUGCAUCUGGAAAACAGGUAGCUCACUUAUUCACCAUUCAUGUGUCCGUACCUUGGUGACCAAUAGGCAUCAAAAUGUACUUGGAAACACUUAUUGGCAACUGCCAAGUUUUAUACCAUUCAGACAAUUUCUCCAGUUCAGUUUAAACCUGUAACCUAUAACCUUCACUUUUUAUCGCUCUCCAUUGUUUUGACAUCGUUGGCAUGUAAAUAAACCGAUGGUGGUAGGAGACUAGGAAGGUCAUUUACUCACAGGAGUAAGAAUACUGUCCUCAAAACCGUACUCUGAAGCCCUGGCUAGACAUGUGCCUCACCUCUACGGUUUUUUGACACCCAUCUAUGAAGUCCUUUAAAUACACAAGUAAGUUGCCUCCAAUCGCGAUAUCAAUGGGCAUAGAUGGCAUAUAGUUUUGUAGGCGUUUUUCAAGGGGCUUUUCGGGGUCAAUUUAGGCUACAUCUAUAGGUAAAUUCAGAUUAUUAAGAGUGCAUCAAGUUUUACGGGGUAAUAACAAGUUAGUGAGACGUAACUAACCUUUUCAAAGGCUAUUUUGAUUCUCGGAAAGAAUUUGGUUUUCGUCUUUAUGUUUAAAAACUCGAUUCUAAACAAUCUUUUCAAAAACUUUCGCAACCACUCUAUUUUGGCUUACGGGUCGAUAUUUCUUAAAUUUGUCUCGUACCUACUUUGAAGACAGGCCUUACUGUUGCAUUCCUCCAGUGUUUUUGUAAUCUACUUUGGAUUAUAGAUAGGUGAAAGCAUAUACUUAGGAAAUGUAGGGUAAAAUUCGCUAGUUCUUUUGGUAGUUUGAGGAUACCCGAGCUUUAUCAUAAUCGUAUUCCACUAAUGAAGUAUUACUACUGUCUCCCCAUAAUGAUUGGAUAUCGCAUGUUCUCUUGGCCGUUUGGUUUAUGUACGAGUAAGAGCGUUUAGGGUAUUCUGUAGAUUAUUUGAUAAGUUUUUGUUCAGGCAAUCAUCUAGACUUUAGGAGCAUCGAGGCACAAAUAUUUCGAGCUUUUCGAUAUUGAGGUUCUGUCUCAUCAGUAUCCAGUAACCUAAAUCUCCCACACUUCUUCCUCUUACGGAGUAGGGUGAGAACCUCAUUACCGAAGCACGGUGGGACUCGUUGUGAAAACAUUUGGAGUUCAUCUAUCCCCACAUCAUCGGUAAUUGAAGAAAGUUGUGUCACUGUGCAAUGUAUUCUGGCUACUACGUAACUUUGUUAGGACUGUUUUUAUAAUUAUGUGAAAUGAACGUAUGCUUUGUUACUGAGACCAAUUUACGCGACUCGUGUUGUAUUGUUUAACGAUUUCUGAUGAUCCUGGUAAACUGACAUGAGUUCCUGUUCAAGUUUCUGUAGAGUGAAUAACAAGCUUUUAUCAUAGUAAUUGCGGUGUUUAAGAUUGUAUUUGUAAGAAUAUGGUGCACUGGAUUGGAUUUUAUUUGCUAUCUGAAUGUUACGUAAAUUAAUAAUCCUGUACAAAUUUGUAAAAUCAUGGGAUUAUGCUGUCUCAUGUUUAUUGUCGUGUAAACUUUCACUGUCUUUAAAUAAAAUAAAAAAUUUGUUGAAAUUACGGUCCAAGAAAAAGAAAGUGAUCUCUAUGUUCUAACAACUAUUUGUUCAUAAAAAAAUUCAACUUUAAAAUUAUAGAAAUGCUCUUUCUUGGUCAACCACUGACGAUAUUUUGAUGGUUUAUCUAAGUUCAUUGAAAGCUGAUCUAUUGAUCAUAGUACGGUAAAUGAAAAUUUGACCAAUUACAAAGCCACUAAAUAACAUUUUUAUGUGGCUAAUUUUUAUCUAAUAUGUCUUCCAAAAUAAAUAUCUGGUUUUCCUCGGAGUACUCGACUUCCAAUCCUCUCUCUCGUUGUACACUAUGAAAAAGUGCAGUUUCCAGUGCUCUUCACUAUUCAUUUUCAUACAUACCUUACUAGCUAGAAUCGAUAUACAGUUGGUUCUUUAUAAGUCUCAUUUAAGUAACAGUUCUCAUCCUCUAUCAUAGAAAUAACAUAAGGAUUUUCGAAAGGUACAUCUGAUUAACUAUUAACUACGAGGAUAUUUGGGACAGAAAUUUAUUUGAAUUCGGAGACAUCUUGGUCUGGUCAUGGAGUUGAUUCUCCUCUCAACCGUAUCUACGUGCUUGACUAUUGACUUUCUGAUAUUACAAAAGUUUUUAUAAAUACCAGUUAUCGUAAGUUUUAUCCGCCAAAGGGAAUUUGAACGACACUUACAGAAUGUGGCUGCAAUUAGUUCUACUUGACGACAUCAAAUCCCAGAAAACUUGUUACUAUGUAAUAACUCCCACAAAUGACCAUUUGCUUCAACAGUCAAUGGUUUUUUCCUGAUAAAGUGUAAUUACAUCUCAAAAAAUAACUGUUAUAACUUUAUGUCCGGCUUUUUACCACGUGAUUUAUCCACCAAUCAAAAUACGACUUAUACAAUCUUAGUACUGUGCCAAACCAAUGACGUUCGACCGGUAUGACCAGCCUAGCGUCCUUAUUGGUCCUAUGCCCGCCUAGCCCGUCCACUUGAGUCCAGAACACCAGCUUCCACUAUGCGAAUCGAAUCGAGUCAUUUAUUUCAGACAUACUGGGUUUAUAUAUCAACCAAACAGACCGCAACGCACCAUAAAAUAGGAAAUAACAUUUGUACACAAUAAAGCCAAAAAGUGACUGUGAACGUGGGAGGCAGUAGUUAGUAAACUGAACAUAGCUUAAGAACCGUGAAUCGUACAAUAAUAAAUUAUAGGUCAAAAUAUGGCUUAUAACAAGGGGAAUAUAGAUAUACAUAAUUUAGUUCCCGAAUAUUUAUACCAUGAGAAUAUAUAGAUAAUAUUAGUUUAUUAAUAAGUCUCAGACGUUACUCGUGAUUUAAUCUUCACUAGGAUUUAACAAUAACAUUUGAUAAAAAAUAGUUAAACACACUUAAGUUUUUCAUUCCUGCCAGUCACGUAUUUCUUGUGAUUUCACUCAUAACGUACACAAUUUGUUUAUAACAUUUAUUUCUACCAUGUAACUAAUUAUGUGUACUUUUUCAAUAUCCUCCGAGUUCUUCUUUUUAUUCUCUUAUAAAGCACAAUUUGACACAAAGAUAUGGACAAGUGGCUGAAUCGAAGAAUUAACUCUUUUUUCGUUGACUCCUUGCAAUCGUGUUCAGUGAUCAAAGUUUGAGACGCUUGUACAAUUGAAAGAUCUCUUCUACAAAUACUCAAAGUUACUAUUAUUCUUUAUUUCACUGGAGUUACCGACUGAAAUUCUGUCGGCAAAUAUAUCGAACCUUUUACAGAUGUUGAUCAGGUGUUUCCAAUAAUAUAAUGGAGUGCAAAAGACAAUCUGAACUGGAACUUCUAGCCAAACUUGAGGAAAAAAAUCGAGCUCUUUUUUCAGAUGCUAAAGUCGUUCCAUCUUUACAUACUCGUCGACGAGAAGGUUCUUUAUCAAGUAGCAUUUCCACUGGAUCUGGGCAGGAUGAUACACGAAGCAAUGGAACAUCUUCGCUGCAGCUUAAUGGUCAUGCAACACAUGGGUCGUCGAAAUCGAGUAACACUUCUGGAGUCUCGAUUCCUUUAAUGAUUGGUUGGACUGCUGGAGCACCAAUUAGCAGUUCUAUUCGUGAACAGUGGGACUACGUAAUAAAUAAUUGGGAUCAAUGUUCGAAAAAGAAAUCCUAUGUUUCUGAUCUUAUUAAAAAAGGUGUUCCUGAUGAAUUUCGUCCAUUAAUUUGGCAACUAUACUGUGGAGCUUAUGAUUCAGCUGUUAAAAAACAUUAUCAUAAUUAUUUGUUAGUUAAUUCACCGGUUGAAAAAGCUAUCCGACGUGAUAUUGCACGUACAUUUCCUAAACAUGAUUUAUUUAAAGAUGAAAACGGUUGUGGUCAAGAAAGCUUAUUCCGUGUAAUCAAAGCGUAUUCAAUUCAUGACCCAGAAGUGGGCUAUUGUCAAGGCUCCGCAUUUAUUGUUGGAUUAUUAUUAAUGCAGAUGCCUGAACUUAAUGCAUUCGCUGUACUUGUUCAAUUAAUGAAUGAUUAUCGACUUCGUGAAAUGUAUAAACCAUCUAUGAUGGAACUUGGCGUUUGUAUGUACCAGUUAGAACAAUUAAUUGCUGAUAAUUUACCCGAAUUGUAUACGCAUUUUCGUACACAAUCAUUUGCACCAAGUUUAUAUGCAUCAGCAUGGUUUUUGACAUUGUUCUCUACUAUUCUACCUAUACCAUGUGCUACACGUGUUAUGGAUUUUUAUAUUGUUGAGGGCCUUCAAUUCAUAUUUAAAUUGGCUUUAUCAAUAUUGAGAUUUUCUGCAGACAAUUUGUUAAGAUGUGAUAUGGAGUCAAUGGUUGCAUUCCUUCAACAUGAAGGGCCAUUAGCGUGGGAUAAACAUUCGAGUACUAUAUUUGAAAAUGCUUGUUCGCUUAAAUUGAAUACAAAAAAGAUGAAAAAAUUAGCGAAAGAAUACAUGACAAUGCGUAGUCAAGAACGAGAAGAACAAAUUGAAUUACGUCGUCUUCGUACUGAAAAUGGAUUAUUAUUACAACGUUUAGCCCGUUUAGAAGAGGAAAGUGGAGUAAUGGCUGAUCGUUUAGUUAAAUGUCAAUUGAUUCGAGCACAAGAAGCUGAAACUACCAUUGCAUUACGUUGUGAAUUAUCUAUAUUAAGACGUGAAUAUGCUAAUUUAAAUUCUAAUUCUCAUUUAAUAACUAAUGAAUUUUUAUUGAAUAAUAAUACUAAUAAAAGUAUUGAAAAUAAUGAUGAACAACAUAAAUUAUUAUUGAAAUCAACCACAAUCAAUCAUGAUGAUGUACUGCCAACAGAUGAAAAGAUAAUAAAUACCACUGUUUCUAAUACAAAUACAACAAUCUCUAUGGAUAAGCCAACAAUCACAAAUAUAUCUAACCCCAAUCAGAAUUAUACCAAUAAUGAUACAGUACAUCAAUCACUUGUUAAUGGUUUCUCAUCACCUACUCAUAAUAUUCAGGAUGACUAUACUACUAAUAAUACUACUACUACUAAUAAUAAUAAUACUUGUUCUUCUUCUUCAUUACAUGAACAACAAUUAAAUAAUUCAUAUGAUUUUUGUACAUUACCAAGAUCAAGAAAUCGUGAUUAUCAAAUAAAAGGUGGUAAUCAUUAUAAUGAAAUGAAAAAUGAUGAAUUAUUAUCAACUACUAUGAAUCAAUUACAAACAGAUUUAAUGAAUUCACGUUUUAAUGAAGCGGAUACUAAAAAAAUAUUACAUGAAUUACGAUGUAAAUUACAUGAAUUAGAAGAGUCAAAAUCAGAUCAAUCACUUCGAUCAGCUGAACAAAUUGCUGUAUUAAAAGAUGAAUUAUUUGGUGCAAAACUUCGAGAAACAGAAUUAAUAAAUCAAGUAGAAGAGUUAAAAAGAAGAUUUGAUGAUUUGAAUUCACUUUGGCAGGCACAUAUUGGAAAAUGUAAAGGUGUUAACAAUGAUACAAAACGUUCUUCACUUUGGAUUGGUUCUUUAAACUCACUGGAUUCACAUGAAACGAAUUUUAAGAUGAAAUUUUCUGACCGACUACUGGAAACACGAUUCGUCAAUCAAAUCAGUAGUUUAAAACAACAGAUUACUGAUUUAACUGUACAACAAGAAUUAUCUGAUCGUCGUGCUGAUCGUUUAGAUAAACGUGUCACUGAACUACUCGAAUCACGUACAGCAUUUCAAACAAGAGAACGUGAAUUAACACUGGAAUUAAAGCAAUUAGAACAGAAAUGUGCUGAUAUAGAAGCGAAGCGUAAAGCCGAUGGUGUUAUGUGGCGUAGUCGUGAAAUGGAAUUUAAAACUCAACUAGCUGAACGUAAACAAGGUUAUUUACAAUUGGAAUAUCAAUAUGAAAGUCUACUGACAUCACAACGUCUUCAAUCGAAAACCGAUAAUCAUGAAUUGAUGCUUAGAAAAUCAUCAUUGGAUUCUGAUAAAAUAUUAGAAAUGACUAAUAACACUAAUAGUACCACUGAACAUAAUAGUAGUAAUAAUGCUAAUCGUUUUACCCUUGGUAGUUAUUUAAAAUUUACUCAACCAAACCCACCAUCUGAUCCAUCAAAUUCCACUGUAUCUACACCAAAAUCAACAAUCGAUAACAAAAUAGUGAAUUAUGAUAAAUCAUAUAGUCCUAUCAAUGGUGAAUUAUAUUCAAUGUGGAAAGAUUUACCACCAGCUGUUAUGACUGAGUCAAUUGGUCCAUUAGAAGAUCUUUGUCUUAUACCAGAUGAUCCAAUGAUUACAAGUGUUUACUUGAAUUCAUCUUCAUCAGCAACGUCAACUACAACAACAACGACAACAUCUCCACCGUCAACUCCACCAUCUAUUAUAUCGAAUAAUCAUUUCUAG